AUGGAUCAGAUAUACAAAGAGGAUUUCCCAAGGGAAGUGGUGGUAGCAUCAGUGAAACUGCUCCUUCAGUAUUAUAUAACCCGGCACACCUGCCCCCCCGCGCCCGCCGCGGCCGGGGGUCCCCAGCGCGUGUCCCACGAGCAGUUCCGGGCGGCGCUGCAGAUGGUGGUGGACCCCGGAGACCCCCGCACGUACCUGGACAACUUCAUCAAGAUCGGCGAGGGCUCCACGGGCGUCGUCUGCAUCGCCACCGUGCGCGGCUCCGGCAAGCUGGUGGCCGUGAAGAAGAUGGACCUGCGCAAGCAGCAGCGGCGAGAGCUGCUCUUCAACGAGGUGGUGAUCAUGCGGGACCACCAGCAUGAGAACGUGGUGGAGAUGUACAACAGUUACCUGGUGGGUGACGAGCUCUGGGUGGUCAUGGAGUUCCUGGAGGGCGGUGCCCUGACUGACAUCGUCACCCACACCAGGUGACCGGGGCAGCGGGGCUGGAGACCAGGGG